GGGAGGGAGGGCUUCCUCUCCAUCCCUCCAUCCAUCCCUCUAUCUAUCCCUCCAUCGGUCAGGCAAGGUAUCGUCCCAGAUCUUCACUUCCCACCUUCCACCCUACCUACUUCCCGCUUCCCACGCCCUCUCUCUUCGCAUCAUCACCGUCAUCCUUCACCGACGACUUGAUCAUCGCUCUCUAUCGUCUUGUUAUUCACUGUCGGCAAUGGCUCAGCUUGCGGGAAUCGUGUGGACUCUGCUGGUCGCCCUGUCCCUGGUGGCCUGUCAGCCCUCUGCAAACAAGACGCCCGUGGUUUCCUACAGCACAUUCAGCCUGGUGAGUGAUGGAGCCGCCAACGACCAGCCGAGUGUCCGUGCGCUCAGCAGUCCGCCACCGCGUCCAGCUGCUGCAGCUGGCAUCCACCGCAUCAUCGUCAAGCUCAAGCACCCACACACCGAGGGCCUUGCCCGCGCAGAGACCAUCUCGAGGGCACUGCAGGCCUCCAUGUCAGCCGAGACCACCGUGCACACGGCUGAGACGACGGUCCACCACCUCAACAGCUUGUCCAUGGACGUGGUGGAUCUGCCGCUAGGUGUCGAUGCAGCGGCCACAUGCGAGGCUGCCCUCCUGGCGUCGGAUGAGAUCGACAUCUGCGAGCCGGAUGCCGUUGUUGCGACGGCCUCUGGCCGAAGGCUGCGCGCCCGGGCAGCACAGGAGCCCAACCGCUUCGUGCCCGACGACCCAAUCUUCAAGGAGCAGUGGGGGAUGGCCAGCAUCGAUAUGCCCGAGGCGUGGGCCUUCCUGUCUGAGCAGCAGCAGGAGACGGACAGUGGGGCCGACUCAGUGGGCAAAGGUACGGUGGUCGGGGUGAUUGACACCGGUGUCGACUACACCCAUCCGGACCUCAAGGACGCCAUGUGGGUCAAUCAAGGCGAGAUCGUUGGCAACGGCAUCGAUGACGACGGUAGGUCCCGAGGGAGGGAGGGAGGGAGGGAGGAUGCAGGAAGAGACAUUCACACACACGAUCUGCAUGCAUUCCUUGGUCUGUAUGUGUCUGUGUGCAGGUAACGGCUUUGUUGAUGACAUUCACGGCUGGGCCUGGUGCGACGGAUCCGAGAACCCGCACAUUGGCGACGGCGAUCCUAUGGAUGAGGGUGGCCAUGGAACUCACUGUGCAGGUACCAUCGCGGCGACUGCCAACAACCAGGAGGGCAUCGCAGGCGUCGCAUUUGGCAGAACCAAGAUCAUGGCACUCAAAUUCCUCUGCGGCGAGGUAGGUCGAGUAAACAUAGGGGCGCGGGGCGCUGAAAUCACAUGUCUGUGUGCGGCUACAUCAGGAUGGUCGGGGUUACACUGCUGACGCGGUCCACGCAAUCAACUAUGCCGUUGCCAUGGGGGCCACGCUCACAAGCAACAGCUGGGGCUCCCUUGGGUCUAGAGCACAUCCAGGGCUCGAGGAGGCCAUCAGGAAGGCAGAGGAGGCGAACAUGCUUUUCGUCGCCGCGGCUGGCAACGACGACAACGACAAUGACGGCCCCAGGAAAGGCUACCCGGCAUCAUCUGAGCUGGACAGCGUCAUCAGCGUCGGCGCGUCGAAUAAGGAAGGAGAGAAGGCGUGGUUCAGCAACUACGGCCUCGAGAGCGCUGACGUGUUUGCGCCGGGGACGAGAAUCGCCUCGACGAUGCCCGGUGGCAAGUAUGCGAAAAUGCAGGGCACCAGCAUGGCAACGCCAUUCGUUGCUGGUACGCAAGCACUGAGGACUGCAGUCUGUGUGAUACCCAUUAGACGAUCCACUCAAUCGCUGCUUUGUCUGUGACUUCAGGUUUGGCUGCCCUUCUGUGGUCGACGGAUCCGGCGCAGAGCUAUCGCGACAUCAAGCAUCGCAUUCUGUCGACUUCCGAGAAGAUGGACUCGCUCGAGGGCCUGUGCGUCACGGGGGGCCAGGUCAACGCACUGAAGGCCGUCACGUGUGCCGAUUGCAAAUGGACCCCCACGGAGGAGCCGACGGCGGCUCCGACGGAAGCCCCCACGCAGGAGCCUACGACGGAGGAGCCGGGGACCCCGUAAGGGCCCCCCACGGCUGGUUCGCUGACGAGAAGCUGCACUGACGGCCGGGGGGAAGACUGCCUGCCUGCCUGCUGUCUGUAACGGCGUAUAUGUAUGUGUGUGUAUGUCUGCGGCAUGUUGGUGUACUGACUGCACUGUCUGUGCUGUGGUGUGCUGUGGUUUGCUGUGCUCUAGCUUAGUAAGUGAGAGUCGUGUGUAGGUAGUUCUUCGUUCGUUCGUUCAUUCGCUGGUCGGCCGGCAGCGCCGCGCCACUGACUGCCACUCACUGUUUUGCGCAGCCUAGUCGGCUGCAUCUGCCCUUCGUCGUGUGUGAAUGAAACAGCUCUCUCUCUGUCUGUCUCUCUGUCUGUCUCUCUCUGAAUAGCUCUCAUUGUGCAUACACUCGUACGUUAGUGCUGUGUUCAUGUUGGUGCUUUGCCAAGCCGUCGGUGCACCGAGUUCUGACGCGACCCGACGUGAGCUGAGCGGCUUGUUGUCGUCUGUGUAUGCGUGUGUGCUGUGAUCUGAUCAUUGGCUGUAUAAAUUUGUCGAUAGCAAGUGACUGCACUGCACUGCACGCUGAUCUGUGCAUGUGUACAUAUUACACAUGGGAUGG